AACUUAGAGUUUUAGGAAACCCGCCUCUUGUUGGCGUCAAUCCAGCUCCAGCCUCCAAAUACAGGAGGUUAUCGCGAUUUCUGACUCUAAAAACCCUAGUUUCCGAUUUCGGCCAUCGCAUCUCAGUCUCCGAGAGGAAUCGAUAAUGGCUGGAGGAGGAAAUUUCAUCCAUCGAGUCAUGUCUUACGUCGCCAACGAGCUCAUCGUGAAUGGCCUCGCGAACAGUCCUGCUUUCCAAAGAUUUGCAGUUAGGACAUCGAAGAGGAUAGAGAACGUUUCUGUCAAAGCCGCAGAGGUGAAGAAAAAAGUUUCGGAGCAGGUGGCCAAAAAUUUCGAGUCCUUCAAGAAUGAGUGAGAUGGUGGAGUUAAGUAUCAGAUGCAAACAGCCGGUGUACAUGGUAGUGUUCAGUGCUUGGAUUUCCUUCUAACGGCGAAGAGGAAGGCUAAACUAAGAAAGAAAGAUGUUUGACGAUGAUGAUGUAUUAAACUUCACAUUUUAAAUAAUAUUACGGAUUUCUUCCAGCUUGUUGGUUGAUUUGUAUGCAGCUGGUUAAUGGUACUUGUGUUCAGCCGAGCAUUCCCUACUUUGUUGGAUGAAUGAGCCAUUUGCUGAUGUACAUGAUGAUGAUUGAUUACUUUAGUCUCUCUCUAUUCAUUCAUGUUCUGCUA